ACACAGGGGCUCUGAGGGGACACACGGGCUCUGAGGGGGACACAGGGGCUCUCCUCUGCCCGCACUGCCUCGGGAGGAUGAGCGCGCCGGAGUUCUCGGAAGCUUUUCCAAGGCACCGCUGUCACUUCGCUUUGAAUGGGGACCGAACCCUCGCUGGUGGUUGUCACCACAAAGCAGCAGAUCUGGAUGAAGGCAGGGAGGGGUCUCCCUGAGGACUCGCUCACGCUGUGUUUGGUGCAUCCCUGCCCGGCGUUUCCCUCCCGGGAUUAAAGGUCUCCGCACGCAGGGACGGUCUGCUCUCUGAUGCCUUGCCCCACUCUUGUCCCCUGCUGAACCCUCCUCCUGAAGGAUGGCAGCCGCGCCUCUCCGCUACGGGCUGACCAUCACGGGGGCCGUGCUGCUGGUGACGGGCACGCUGUGCUUCGCCUGGUGGAGCGAUGGCGAGGUGGGCUCCGGCAGCGGGGCUCGCCUCCUGCCUCCCCGGGAGGCCGAGGCCGUGCCCAGCUCCUCCUCCUCCUCCUCGUCCUCCUCCAGCGCCCUGCUCCGCUCCGUCAGCUUCUUCUGCUGCGGCAUCGGCGGCAUCCUGCUCGUCUUCGGCCUCCUGUGGUCCGUGAAGGCCAACGCCAGGGUGGUGUCCCGGCGCUACCAGUACCAUUUCCCCAGGGACCUGCAGUACUUCACGGCCGAGCCUCCGGAGAAGUGGAACUGCAGCCCCUGGGACUCCAGCGCCAUCCCCACCUACGAAGAAGCGCUGACCUGCCGACCAGCCCACGCUGCCCCGGCCUACGAGCAGCCGCCGGGGAGGAAGGAGGAGCCCACGCCGCCGCUGUACCGCUACCUGGAGCAGGAGGAGGGCUGGCAGGGCGGCCGGCGGCGCAGCUCCUCCGACAGCGCCCUGUUCCGCCCCAGCCCGGCCCGGCUGGAGCCGGGGCAGCCCCCGGAGCCGCAGGCAACGCCGCCGCCCAGCUACGAGAACAUCAGCGUGCGGGGGCUGUGAGAGCCCGGCCGGGACUCUGCGGGUGCGCCCGAACCGAGCCCCCCAUUUCUGGGGGGAGAGCAGCGGGAAGGGUCAGCCCGGCUUGCCCGGCUUUCCCGGCUUUCCCGGCGCUGUGGGGAUCGUGGGACCCGAGAUGUGCUCAGGGCGUCGGGGGUAGCUGGCAUGUUUGAAAGCUUUCGUAUUUUUAAUAAAACCACUGCUGGUUUCA